AAAGUAAAAAAAGAAAGAAACUUAUUUAAAGAUAAAUAGAUAGAUAUAAUGAUGAUAAAAGUUAAAUCUUUUAUUAAAGGGAUAGACUAAUUUAGCAAUGAAAUUGGAUUACAUAUGAAUAAUUCAUAUUAAUAUAGAACAACUUUGGGGGGAUGUUUAACAAUUUUAUCCUUUACUUUUAUUUUACUUUUCUUUCUAUCAAAAAUGACUUCAUUCUACUUAAAAGAGUCAGUUAAUGUUGUAGUAAAUAGUAGAUACAACCCAAAUCCUCCUCGAUCUUACAUGAACUCAAAUAGAUUUAUGUUUGCUGUUUAGAUAGAACAAAAAGAUUUCCUUACUAAUCCUUUUUUUAACAUAACUGUUUAUUAGAAGAUUUUUAAAAACCAGCCAAAUACUUCUACUAAAACAAUUUAAGAGUAUGAAAUAGAAUUGGAACCUUGUACUCCUGCACAUUGGAGAUUAAUAGAUUCCUAUGCAAAUUUCACUCAACUUUAUUUACCUUUUGGAUUUGAUUACUUAUGCCCUUCUAUGGACUCAGUUAUGUUUGUAGAAGGAAUGUACGGAAGUGAUGUUUUUUCUUUUUUUUAAGUAGUAGUAUCUCAAUGUGUGACACCUAAUGAUCCAAAACGAAAAUGGAAUCCUGUGUGUGCUCCUUAAGACAUUAUAGAUACUUAUACAAAUGAAAAUGGCUAUUAAGGUGUGAGCUUUUAUCACUCUAACUAUGCUCUGAAUGUGGAUUAGCCUUAAGAUUUUUUUACUCCAUUUAUUAAUGAUAGACUUUUUUUCACUUUUGUGCCAUAUAAAAUGACAAGAAACUGUGAUAUUUAUUUUCAAGAUAUUACAGUUGCGAAUGAAGAAUCUAUUUAUUUUGGUAGUGAUAGAAAAGUUUUCUAAUUUCCUAUUUAAUAAAGCAAUGAUUACAGAGAAAUUACUGAAUUAGGAAGAUCUGAUGGUCGUUUUGCAGUUUUAACUGUUAGAUUAAAUCCAUAUGUUACAGAAAUUAAUAGAUCCUAUAAAAAAUUCACUGAAUUGUUAAGUGAAUUAGGAGGCUUUACACAUUUAAUUAUGGCUUCUUUAGGAAUUAUAGUUAGAAGAUAUAAUUUGUUUCAAUUAACUAUAGAAUUAGCCAAUAAGCUUUAUUAAUCUGAUAAAAAUAAUAGUGGAAUUAAAACGAACACAAGCAGAGAAAAUAAGAAGAAUCGAAAUAGGAAAUCUUUAUUAUCUAAGAAUUAGAGCUAACAUGAAAAUCUAUAAUAAGGCGAUCCUUCAUCUAUUUUUAGUGAGAUCAAUAAGUUUAAUUUUUAGAAUCCGUCAUAAAUAUAAUAAAAUGAAUUAAAGGGUUAAAACCUACAAGCAGAUUUAACACUUAAAACUACAUAAAAAGAAUCAUACAGUCCAGAACUAACAACAAACAUCAAUUUAAAAAGUAAGAAUGCUUUUGAAUAAUUUAACAUAAAACUCAAUAAAAAUCCAUCAAAUGAUAAUUAUGUUUAAGAUAUUGUGCUAGAAUAAAAAGAUAAUAAAACUUAAGAAGAGAAAUAACAAGUAAAAAAACAAAAAUAAUGUUUUAAAUGUUUUAACUUUAAUUGGUUUUAAAAAGAUAAAAAUUACGAUGAAUAAAAGAGUGAUAAAUAAAUUUCAAUCUUUAAAUACAUGAUAUAUUAUUUGUUUUCAAAGUAUAAAAUAUUUUCUAAAGAAGGUCAAUUAGUAACUUAAGCUGUCAAAAUGGUAAAUCAAAGUUUAGACGUCAUAAAUAUCCAUAAGAAAAUGUAAGAGGUAGAUAAAUUAAAAAAUGUUAUCUUUGAUAAGCAUUAGAAAAGAUUAUUUGAAUUUAUACCUGCACCUUAAAUAAGCUGUAAAGAUUCUUAAAAUAGUGAUGAUUAUUUACCUAUUUAAGGAAAAUCACCAUUGAUAAAUGAAAAAACCUAAAUAUAACCAAAAUCUUUUAAAGAUCCAUUUGUUGAGAACGAGAAUUCUCAAUUAUUUUUAUAUGACUCUUACUUGCAAGUUAAACGCCUUUAAGACUUAGCUGAGAAGUAGAAUUCUAGUGUGAACUAAAGGCUUAUUAACCAUCUUGGUAAAGAAAUACUCUAAGACUUUUAAUCAAAAGAAGCAGAUUUGACUUAAAAUGCUUAAUAAUUAAAUUUAUUUUCAGAAAGUCCUUUAACAAAAUUUAAUAGUUUAAAUUAAACACCUUUGAAUAACUUUUAAAAGAGGUCUCUUACAUUUUUGUAAAAUAGACCAACUACUGAUAAAAAAAAUCAUUCAUUUUCUCAAUUCAAUUUAAACACAAAUUAUUCUUAAAAUUUUUAAGCGAAGAAGAUUAAGAAUUAAAAAAGCAUAAACUCAGUCACCUAAGCAGAGGUUGAAACAUAAAGUAUGGACUAAGACUCUGAAGUCGAAUAAAUAAGAAAUGAGUUCAUAUUUAAGAGGCAAAUUCCAGAAGAAAAUACUGAUAACGGUUAAAUAUUUUAAUAACUCUAAAAUUACCAAAAACAAAGAAUACUUAUCAAUAAAGAAUAAAAUAUUUGA